AUGGACUGCCUGCUGCGCGUCUGCCUCGCGCUGCUCAUCCACGUCAGAUCCCAGAUCCUGGCGGGCGACUUUGCGGCCAACGUGAAGCUGCUGCAGCGGUACCCGGCGGUGGACGUGGCGGAGGUGCUGGCGGCCGCCGCGUCGAUGCCGUGCUGCGACGACAUUGUGCCGCCGCCGGGGCCGGCGCUGCGGGGACCCUUGUAA